UCCCGCCCAUCAGGUUGAUGAUGUAGGGUGUAGGGCGGCUCUGGGGAGCCCCGCAGAAAUUGGGGCAGGGAGCUGCGGGAGGGCAGCGCGCUCCGGUUCCGAGGGUUUGGGUCUGGAGGGGAGCGUUUCGAGAAGGGUCCUUGAAGGUUUUGGGUUUGGGGAGGGAUCUGGGCAUCCCCCAGAAACCUGUGUGGGUGUAAGGGGGGUGGUUGGGGUCAGCAGAGAUCCCUGUGGAUGAGGGGUGUCGGGCAGGAGACCCCCGGACCCGGUGCUGUCAGGAGACACCCCGAAAGGUUCGGGUUGAGACCUCGGGGGUCCCACCCCGGAAAGGGCCGGACCUGGGCUUUAUUUUGAGCCUCCCGGAUUCUCCGGCCGUGGGAUGGACUCCUGGAUAUUUUGGUGGAAGGACCAGAGGAUUUCGCUCAUCUCGGGACCCCCAGGUCUGAUCCAAACCCCUCACCCAUGCCAGAAGGAACCUGUGAAGUUGUGACUCUCCUGUGCCUGUAGCUGCCAGCUGCCAUGCCAGCCCAAAAGGUCCAAUGGAUUUCUUCUUGCUUUUUCCUGCUCUUCUGGGCUUCCUGCAUCCCAAGGUUGGGCAGCACGAGGCUGCUACAGGAGCUGAGCCCCCAGGAGUAUUUCAGCAGCUUGGAAGCUGGCAGAGCAUCCCUGGCUUACUUCAGCCAUCAUGUUUCUUCUGUUGCCCAGCCCUUCUUGGAGGAGAUUGAGAACUCUGCUGAGGUCCUGCAGGACUAUGGCAUCUCAGUGGUGAAGGUUAAUUGUCCCAAAGAGGAUGCUUCAAGAUACUGCAGAAAGGAAAAUGCAUUGAGGAAAGCCUACCUGUUCAGAGGUAAUGUGCUGCUCAGAGAGUUCCCCACUGAUGCUUUGUUCGACGUGAACUCCAUCAUUGGGAAUGUGUUGUUUGCCCUGCUCUUUAAUGAAGUUAAAUAUGUUGAAACACUGGCAGAGCUUCAGAACAUUGAAGAUUCACUGAAAGGGAAGUCAAAUGUGGUCUUUGCCUAUGUACCAGCUACUGGGACAGCAGAGCACAGAGCUGUGAUGGAGGCAGCCUUUGUCUAUGGGACUGUCCACCAGUUUGUUCUGACUACUGAGCCAAUGCUGCUGAAAGCCACCAGCAGUGAUGGCCCUGAUGUGUCCUCUGCCCAGCUGAUGUUCUGCCACUGCCAGCAGAGCCCUGAGCUGUCCCAGCCCUGCAGGAGGACACCCAUGGGGCAGCCCCUGACAUUGCUCAACAUCCACAGGCACCUCAAGCUCAUGGGAGCUCCUCUGGUGACAGAGGUUGCUGAGGACCCAGAGAAGGUUUCCACUGUUCACUUACAGCUUGGGUUACCCCUUGUCUUCAUCCUCAGCCAGAAAGAGACCUAUGAGGCUGACAGGAGGACAGCAGAGUUUGUGGCCUGGCAGCUCUUGGGGAAAGCAGGAGUUGCCCUUUUGUCCAGGGACCUCCUGGAUCUGAAGGUUCUGCUCCGGUCAAACGUUGCUCUCAAGACCCCAGAUGAGGGAGUGCCAAUCAAAUACCUGAUCUUAGAAGACACUGAUGAAAUUAUAAACCUGGUGGAAGAGAAGAGCAAGGUUGAGCAAAUCCAGGAGGAGGAGGAGGAAGAGGAGGAAGAGGAAGAUGAAAAAGAGAAUAACAGUCAAGACAUUCAGGAUGAUCAAGUGGUGGAAGCAGUUGCCAGGGACAAGAAGAGAGAGCUGCCCCUGGAGCAGAUCCGUGCCCUGGAAGAGGAGACCUUCCACCCAACCCUCUUGGAGACUGCCAGGACAGUGGUGCUGUUUUAUGCCAGCUGGGAAGCAGUGUCCCUGGCAGUGCUGAGGACUUACACUGAGGUGGCUGAGCACCUGAAAGGAACUCAGGGAGUUUUGCUCUCUCGGGUGAACUGCUGGGACUGGCCUGGUGUUUGCACCAAGGAGAACAUCACCCAGGUCCCUGCCCUGAGGAUUUAUGAGAAGGGAGAGAGAUCAGUGAUGUACCAUGGCAUGUGGGGAGCUGCAGAGCUGACCAGCUUCAUCAUGCUGAGCCAAGUUUCCUGCCCUCUGAAGCUGGCCACAAUUGAUGAAGCAGAAGGAUAUUUAAGAGGAGAGUUUCCAUCUCAGCUCUCCUCCUUUCACCACCCUUCACUUCUAGGAGUAUUUAGCAGAGCCACAAGUGAAGCCAGGGAAGCUUUCGAAGAGGCAGGAAACAUCUUAAGUGGCCACGUGAGGAUGGGGAUGUAUUUUGAAGAUGAUGCCUUGGCUUUAUCCCAUAAAUACUCCGUGUCUCCCCCAGCCCUCCUCCUUGCCAGGAGCAGAGGUGGGAGUGUGGAAGGCAUCACUUUAUCCAAACAGAGCACAAGGGACAUGGUGCAGAUGAUCAGAUAUGAACUGCUGGAUCUUUUUCCAGAAAUCAUCGUGCAGAAUCUGCCCAGCUACUUGCAGCUCAGAAAACCUUUCCUCAUCUUCUUCAGUGAUGGUGACAUUGGGCAAGUGGAAAGCAAAGAAAUGCUGAACCUGGCAAAAAAAAAAACCCAGCAAGCAUUUGUGGCUUGCUGGUUGAACUUGAAGAAGACUCCAGUGGGACGCGGGGUCCUGAAGGUCUACUUUGGCACCGUGCCUUCUCUGCCCCUUCUUGUCUGGGUCAACCUUCAUGCUGGGGGUCAGGUAUUCAGGUUCCCAUCAGAGCAGUCCCUGACUGAAAUGAACAUCUUGUCUUGGGUGGAGAAGGUAAAAGCAGGACUGGAGAUUCCCAGCAGGACCUUGUCAGAGGAAGACUGGAAACCACCUCUCCCUGCUUACGACUUCCUCCAGAUGAUGGAGAUGACCAUGCCUGAACUCUCCCUCCGUGUGUCCCAGCACCCCAAGGAGAUGCCAGCUCAGCACCCACCCCAAAGCCCAGGAGGGGACACUGCCAUCCAGGAGAAACCAUUCCAGGACAUCAAGGCAGAGAAAGUGGGAUCUCCUGGGAGGGACCUGCGGGGCACAGCCCCGAGGCUGGCAGCAAGGGAGAAGCAGGGGAAGAGACACAGUGAGCUGUGAGAGCUGGGGGCUGAAAGAUGCAGGACAGUGCCCCAAAAAAACCCUCUUCCCCAGCCCUCAGUGAAGCCUUUGCACCAAAAAGAGGAGUGCUUUCAGCUCAGAAUUACUGAGGAAAGGAUUCAAAGAGGCCCAAAGGCUCAGCCUGAGCUCCCUGCUGCCAUGUGUGGGGUGUUCUGCAGUGGUUGUUGUUUCUGGUGUCAGAAAUGUGUCCCUACACCCCACAACUUGUCCUUCCUGGCUGCUCUUGGGGUUGCAUUUCACAGCAAGAUCUGCAAGGAGGAUGCUGCAAGGGAGCUCAGCUCCCCCUGAACUGAGCUGGGGGAGAGACAGUGACCUCAAACAGUCUCUGGAAACAGUGGAGUCAGCACAGCCCUGCUCUGUAGUUUCUGUGUGUCUCAUCCAGAUACUUUGGUUGCCCCUGAGCAGGAAGGGGUGAGUGAUUUCAGGAUAAAAAGCACAUUUCUUGCUGCAGGUGCUUGCAUCACUGCUCUCACACUGUGCAUGCCCCCCAGCUCCAGGGCUGCUUGGACUGACACCCACCUCUGUUUACACCUGACUUGUGAAUUGAAUUUGUGAGCAUCUGCAUUUUUUUUUGGGAGGGUGGGGGGGUUUAUUCCAAAAGCUCAGCUCAUCACAACAGCCCCUGAAGAGCUGGGCUAAAAAUCUGCCAGCAAAUCCCCAGGGCAGGCAGGUUGGGAGAUGGCUUUGCUCAGUGUUGACAUUUUCUUGGUCCCAAGCCCAGGGGUUUAUUUGUAGCCUCAAUUUUUCUUGCCUCUUGGUGACAGCAGUGAGGUUGGUGCCUUCUGAGCUGGGAGAGAGGGCUGCAAAGAGAUGAGGAAAUGAGGGGAGGGAGAUGAAGGGCAGGGCAAGGAUGGGGAUGGAGCCUUUUGGGGUAGGGUGGAGUUGCUUCACCUAUCUCUAGGUAGGGAGAUGCAGGACCUGGAGAAGUGGCUGUCCAGCUUCUGCCCAUCUCCUGGGGACAACAAAAGUCUGACAUUCCUUGCUGGAGGACCUCAGCCUGCCAGCCAGCAUGGGAUGUGGGUUCUGUGUGUAUAGGGGGAGCUUGGGAAUCUCAACCAUUCCAGGAUGAUCUUCCCACCAUCUUCAUUAA